AUGAUUAAAUAAACUUCAAAUAGAACCUGGGGUGAUCAUUAUAAGAACUUUAUACUUUUCAUCUCUCUUUUUUUAUAUACUCUCAUUGGUUUAAAGAAGGAAUGCAAUAAUUAAACAAAUUAUGAGUUAAAAUACAUCAUCGAUAAUAGUAAAAAUUAUGAUAGAUUAUAAUAGAUACGCCUUUCAAGAGAAAACCAAAGGAUAAUGAUGAAGCUGAUAAUGGAAGGGAAGAAAUGAAGUCUAAUAUCAAAAAAGGACUGGGAGGAGAAGCUGAAUGUAAAAGUUGA